AUAUACUUUUCUUUCCUUUAUAUCAUUUUCAAUUAUCAACAGGUUGGAUUUUUAGUGAUUGGCAAAAGUAGUUUCGGUCUAAUUAAAAUGUAUGCUUAUUAAAAAAACGUACUAUCCAUUUGUUUUGUAGGUCAAGACAACUUUUAGAUAAGCGUUCAUUUUUCCGAAUAUUUAAGUUCUUAGAGUUAGUUUAAAUUUUGUGAAAUUUUUGUUGGAAAAAUGUCUGACAAGUCUGAGGAAAUGAUAACAAUCAAAAAAGGAAACUCAUCAGCUACAAUUUAUUUAUAUGGUGCAACAUUAACAUCUUGGAAACCUUUUGGAAAAGAAGUUCUCUUUGUAAGCAAGAAUUCCAAGCUUGAUGGACAAAAACCAAUAAGAGGCGGAGUUCCUGUUAUCUUUCCUCAAUUUGGUCCAUGGGAGUGUGGUCCACAGCAUGGGUUUGCACGUCGCUCUAAGUGGUGUGUGAAAGAAAAUGAACAAGAAACAGACAGAGUAACUUUCAUUUUAAAAGACUCUGAGGCAUCACGUGCAAUGUGGAACCAUAAGUUUGUAUUUGAAUAUACUCUGAUUCUCACAUCUGAAUCUGAUUUGAAAAUGGAGGCCAUGAUUACAAAUUCAGGUGAUGUAAGUUUUAAUUUCACAUUUCUUUUGCAUACAUAUUUUUCGACGCCUGAUGUAUUCAACUGUAAAGUUAUCGGUCUGCAAGGCUGUACCUAUAUUGAUAAGACAAACGAUGGCUCUUCAGAAAAAGAAGAAAAUGAGCAAGUUGUCCUUUCGGGUUUUACUGACAGGAUUUAUCAGAACACUCCUCUAACAAAUAAGCUUCAAAAUGUAUCAGGUGGCCAGAAUGUGGAAAUUCAGAAAGUAAAUCUACCAGAUACAGUUGUUUGGAAUCCCUGGAUUGAAAAUGCUAAAAAAAUGGACGAUUUUGGAGAUGAUGAAUGGAAAAAUAUGAUUUGUGUAGAGGCUGGCUAUGUGAGCAAUCCUUUCUCACUGGAGCCCGGAAAAUCUUUUAGAGCUUCUCAAACUCUCAAAAUUUUUUCUUGAGUGUGUCUUUUAAAAUGUAUUAAGUGAUUAAGAGUUAUUUAUUCAAUUCUGACAUGCACAAAAUAAUAUUAUAGCCAAGUUAUGUUGCUUGUAUAAGCAGCAACACAUGAAAAUUUAUGUAGACACAUUCGUUUCAUGUUUUGUUAAUGCAUUUUUAUGCAUUAGUUUACAUUUUUUGUGUGUUGCUUUAGUUUUUUCCUUUUUAUUUUCAGAUGUUACUUCUCUCUGCAGGAAUUAAAUUUUGUGUAAUGCUAAGAUAGGUAUAGAUAUCUGAACUUAGCUAUUUUAUUUCUUUAUGGAGUUAUAUGUUAGUUAAUCAAAUAAUUUUUAUUAGUUCUACUCUUAAUAGCCUGUUACAUGUAUAUUAAAAUUAUUUUUUAUGUUAUUUAUUGUUUUUGGAUUACUUAUUAUUAUUUUAAGAAUUAUUUUAUAUAUUAUAUUUUUGUA